AUGUUAGAAUCUCCACCUAUAAAAACUCAUUUACUCACAUUACCCUAUCUAGAAAACCCAGCAGGAGGAUCAUAUUUUUUUCAGGAACCGCAGAUGGCUUCGAAGCGGAUCUUGAAGGAGCUCAAGGAUCUUCAGAAGGAUCCUCCUACCUCUUGCAGCGCUGGCCCUGUUGCUGAGGACAUGUUUCAUUGGCAAGCCACGAUCAUGGGCCCUCCAGAUAGUCCUUAUACCGGUGGGGUUUUCCUAGUCACUAUCCAUUUUCCUCCAGAUUACCCUUUCAAACCUCCUAAGGUUGCUUUCAGGACAAAAGUUUUCCACCCAAAUAUUAACAGCAAUGGAAGCAUAUGCCUUGAUAUAUUGAAGGAGCAAUGGAGCCCUGCCCUAACUAUUUCCAAGGUGUUGCUUUCUAUUUGUUCGUUGUUGACGGACCCAAAUCCAGACGAUCCUCUGGUGCCCGAGAUUGCUCACAUGUACAAGACAGACAGGAACAAGUAUGAGACCACUGCAAGGAGCUGGACUCAGAAGUAUGCCAUGGGCUAA